AUGUCAGGCUCAAACACGGAUAAGGUACAGGAGCAACUCAAGAAGUUUUCCGCGGAGAACAUUGAUGCCUAUGUUCAGGCCUCGACCUUUACCGAUGACAUCCAGGAUGCCAUUCGUGAACAUAUCCAAACUGAGUAUAAGGCAUGGUUCUUUUUCCGCAAGCUCGGGGCUGACUGCUUGCGCUCGAAUGUGUCACUACAUGGCUUUGCAGCUCUUUGGAAGCGAUCAGCCCAGGAGGCUUUUGCUGAUGCAACCUGGUUAGAGUCGUACCUAGUCCAGCGCGGCGGCCGCUCUAAGCCAAGUGAUAUCCCUGCGCCCGAUGUUGAGUGGCCUGAUAACCCGGUUGAUCCCGUCGAGCCCGUAUAUGCGGCUCUGCAGACCGAGAAGGAGAUUCUCGAAGAUCUCCAUCGCCUGUGUGCUGCUGCGGAGAAGGCCGGCGACAACGCCCUGGAAGAUGUUAUUGAGAGUCGGUUCUUGCGCAAGGAGACGCGCCAUGUCAAGGACUUGGGCGACUUGUUGCAGCAGUGUGUCCGUAUCAGCAAGCAGGCAGGACACGGCUUGUAUCAUCUCGACAAGGAGCUUCGUGCCAAUAACGGAGUUGUACCGUGGGCAGGCUUUAAUGAUCCUGAUAAGUCUGACGAACUGCUUCGGGGCGCUAUUGCGGACCUCUAA